CGGUAGGGAAUAAAAGCAGGAAAGGGAAAGGGGGCCGCCUCGCCGGCUCCUGCACCCUCUCCGUCGCCAGCACUAGCCAUGAACCCUCACCUCCGCCUCCUCCUCCUCCUGGCCGCCGCCGCUCUUUGCCAGGGUGCGCCGCUGGCCGGCGAGCUGCGCUGCCGCUGCGUGCGGACCGUGUCCGAGGUGAUCCCGCCGCGGCGCCUGGCCCGCCUGGAGUUCCUCGCCGAGGGGCCGCACUGCGCCGUGCCCGAGGUCAUAGCCACGACGAAGCAGGGACAGAUGAUCUGCCUGGACCCCGUCGCUCCCUGGGUCAAGCUCCUGGUCACCAGGAUCCUCCGCAGUUCACCCAACGCACUGUGA